AUGGCUGAUGCCGGCUACAACCAGACAUCACAAGGCACCUGGGUCGAAGGCGACACGGUCCUCUACCGGGGCGUCGCAGCGAUACUUUGCAGAAACACCACUGUCCAUGUGGCGCUGGAAGGUGCACAAGAGCCAAUCAGCUUAAGCUUGGGACGUGGCGGGGUCGCUCUGCUGGUGCGGGGGCAGGUAUUCCAGCGGGACGAGAUCCAGGCCCACUCCUGGGGUGCUGUGGCGCGUGAGCUGGCGGAGCUGAAGGGCCUGCCGGAGAUUCGAAGGUAUUGGUCGACUCUCCGGGGGGCUUUCUGGGCGGCCUACGUGCGCGAGGAGCAGGGGUCGAGAUGCGUCUAUACCGCCACGGACCUCGCGGGCAUCAUGCCGAUGUGGAUUGGCCGGAGUGAGGACGGCUGCGAGCUCCUGGCCUCUGCGCUGUGGCCACGCAGCCUUUUCCCCGCGGCCGCCGUCCCAACUCUCCGUCAGGCCUGCCCACGUGUGGUUCACCGCCUCGCCGCCUCGGGCUGGGCGUCCUCGGCGCCCGAUCCUUUCCAUGGGCUCCAUGCGCCGAUCGCUUCUGGCACCUCUGACAGCUCGGCCCUCGAAGCGCUUGUGGUCCAAGCAGCGCGGCGCUGCGUGGCUGGGGAGGCCCACGUGGGACUUCUCUUCAGCGGCGGUUUGGACUCGGGGCUCUUGGGCUAUCUUUUCUCCAGUGGCCUGCUGGCACCGUGCCAAUGUACCUGCUACACAGUCGGGUUUCAUCUCGAGGAUAAGAAGAUCAAGAACAAGUACGCCUACCCAGAAGACUUGCUUGUGGCGGAAGCAGCUGCCAGAGAGAUGAACCUGGAAUGGAAACAUCACGUCAUGGAUCUGACUGAGGACGGGCUGCACGUGGUGCUUAGCGGCCUCGGUUCAGAGGAGGCCUUUGCAGGCUACCAGCGCCACGCCAGGGCCUGCGUAGCCGGGGACGAGGCAACCUCCCGAGAUCGCACCCUGGGCUUGGCGCAGAUGUGGCACCGCGAUCUGCAGCGCGAUUUCAUCCUUUCGUCCUUGGCGGGAGUGGAGAUGCGUUACCCAUUUUUGGACGCCGACCUUCUGGAUGUGGCCCUGCACCUGCCGGCUGCAGAGAUCUUGGCAAACGACGCGGCCAAGCAGCGGGAGCAAGUGGCGGGGGCAGGCAAUCCGUUUCAUCAGGCAGAUUUUGUGAUGUCCGUGCCCGGCGCAUCCCACUCUCCAGUAGCGCUGCUGCUGACCAGUGGGUAUCACAGCAUUCAGGUGUACUGCCUCUUGACAAGUUGGCGCUGUGAGAUUUCUUGCGUGGUGGGCUCGGCGAAUGAUGGGGGCCGGGCGGCAGCCUUCGCCAGAUCCGUACGGCUGCCGCUCCUGGACAUGAAAGUUUCCAUGUCCGGGCAUGGCUACGACAUGGAGUCCCUUACAGAUGCACUGAAAGCAGCGAAGGAGCACUACGGCAUAGAAGGGGCUGCCUGCGGCCAUGUGUGCGAUCUGGACCUUUGGGGUGGUGUGGCCGCGGCCUGCGAUCUAGUGGGCCUGCGUGCCUACGCCCCAGAGUGGGGUGCCUGCUCGGAGGUUCAGUCCAGUAUGCGCCGCCUCGUCCAUGAUGGUACGGUCCUCCAGCUGACGAAGUUUCCGGUGAGGCAGAUGAAGUUUUAUCGACGUUGCGCAGCAUCUGUGGACCUCAUGCCACCGACGACACAGAUGGGGGCUACGUUGAUUGCGAAUUCGUACGCGCAAGAGAAGCCCCGGCUCACGAAGGGACUUCGGAAAAGGGUUUAG